AGUUAAAAGUGAAGUCGUAAUAUUAAAUUUUACGGUUUAAUUAUUUUUAUUAAAUUGUACCGACAUGGCAAGAAAAAGACCAAGACUUAGUCAUGAAGGGAAUCGCAGUAGAAACGACGAAAGCGAACAUCCUGAACCACCACUAUUAUUAGUAUUCGGAGUCUACGCUUAUGAAGCUAAAGAUUCGACGAAAUAUCGUUCCAAGUAGGAGACCGAAUGAAAGUAUUACAAAAUGUUGAGGAUUAUUAUGAAGUCCUUCACUUCAAAACCAUGCGACAAGGUUUGGUACCAAAAAUGCUGGUCGAGGAGGAACGUCGAUUCGAGGAUGAAGAGUGGUUUUUCAAGGAUAUUGCCCGCGAAAAAGCUACUUCUUUAUUACUAUAUGAUACUGGAACUACAGGAACGUUUUUGAUAAGAAAGUCAAAAAACAGCCAUCAUUCCUAUUAUAUCAAUAAAUAUAAAUUUAGGCUUGAAACACCUCUGUGCUCAUUGCUUUACAUUCAAUUUGUAUAA